GCCUGCCCGGAAGGGGAGGCCACAUCAUCUCCAGCAUUUGUAGUCAGCAAAACCUGGCACAUCAGCCCCCAUGUCUAGGAAACAAGCUUGAGCCUGCUGCCUACGGAUCAGAUCUCCAGUCGUAGGAGGGCCUGCCAGGCACCUGGAGGGCAAACUUGCUGGGAAGGAACUUCUUCCUAUGGUAGAGCUUGAACCCCUGCAACUGCCUCACCUAUCAUCCCGGCCAAUCUUAACCCUGUGCAGGGCCAGGCUAAGAUCCUAUUUCUGUUUUUCCUAAUGUGGACUAAGCACUUGACAUCCCAAGCACUGUCAAAGAACCUGUGUUAAUUUAGUAGAUAAUUGCUACCAUUGUUUCUGUAUUCGUGAGGGAGCUAAAAUGCUCUGAGAGUAUAUGUUUAGUACUGGGGAAGGGUUGGGGGAGGGAGAUCUCAGAUUAACACACAUCCCAUAAUUCACAUAGCAGGGCUCUCCAAGGUCGGAAAGUGUUCUACCACUGAGCUAUACGGUAGCCCCUAUAUCGUAGUCUGUGUCUGCCUGGGCACUGGCUCGUGUCUUCUCUAAGCUCUGCUCACUGUUGCCUCGGUAUCGGGUCAGGUAAUGGUGGAACUAGCCUAAACUGGGAGUCGGAAGGUGAAAAAGGAUGUGCUCUCACUGUUCCACCCUCCAUCCACACGUUUGCCAGAAAGGAGAGCAAUGCCCUGCCAGCAAGGAGGCAGACCCAGAGAGGUUAGGAUGAGAGCCACCCCUUUAACACAGUCCUGCCUGUUACCUCUGAAGCAAACUGAGGAAAGUGUAUGAAACCCGCCUGGCCUUGGCCUGCAGGAGGCAGGGAAGCUGAGGAGAGUCUAAGGAGUCUGCCAUUGCUCCACACAUGAUGUUCUCAUGCAAGAAGUAGCUGGUCUACAAGUCACCCUUGGCUAAACACUGACAGAUUGCUUGCCUUGGUUUUGAGAUAGUGUCUUGCUUUAGUCUAGGCUGGCCUUGAACUUGAUAGGCAGCUCAACCUAAACUCAAAAAUCUGCCUUGGCCUCGAGGUACUGGGAUUACAUGUAUAUACCACUGUAUUUAGAAAAUUAUUUACUGUGUGUGAGCAUCUGCCUGCAUAUGUGUCUGCACCGCAUGUGUCUGGUGCCUGCCGAGGGUGGAAGAGUGUUGGAGCCUCGGGAACUGGAAUUACAGGUGUUUGUCAAGCUUCCGUGUGGAUUUGGAACUCAACUUGGGUCCUCUGGAAAGAACAGGUAGUGAAGAAUCAGUAAGCAAUCUCUCUGGGGCCCUAAGCAUGUUUUUAAGAAGUUAGUGUGUCUAUGUGCGUGUGGCCGUGCGCUGAAUAUCAUGGUGUGUGUAGAGUUCAGCUUGCAAGGAUUCUGUGUCUGACAUGUCAGUCGGAGGAAUCAAACCCAGGUAGUUGGGCUUGGUGGCAAGUGUCUUUGUAUGGUCCUGGUGACAGCUGGCCAUGUGCUUUCAAACCCUGGGAACCACGCAGAGGGAGAAACUGCUCACAAGUUGCCCCCUCUCUGGAAUAAAUAAUUGAAGGGAUGGUAAUAAGAAACAGUCUUCCUCCCAGUCCAUUUGAAGGGGCUUUACUAUUAUCCUAUGUAUAGGAGGGUUUUGUCUGCAUGUGUGUUUAUGUACUCUAUGUGACUGGUGCCUUGGGAGGGCCGAAGACAGUGUCAGAUACCCUGGAACUGGAGUUCCAGAUCAUGGUGUGAACUGCCCUACGGGAGCUGGGAAUUAAACCAGGUCGUGCAGUUAAUUGUUGCUCCAUCUCUCCAGAAUCUCCCAGGCACCCUUAAACAAUUAAGUUCUUCAGGUAAGGCACAAACAAUUUCAUUGUUCAAAGUCACUGGAGGAACUAGGAUUUGAACUGGAAGAGUAUGGCUGGUAAAGAGCCAGAGAGGGGUAAGGGCCACACAACCACUGGCCCCAAGCUAAGCGCUGUUGGCUCCCUUCCAGCCCAGGAAAAGUAACACCUGACUCGAAGCUGACUGGAGGCGGAGCAGGGGUGGAGCCAGGGAGACCCAGGUGGCCUUUCUGACAGCCUGAGCACUGAGUGGCCUGGAGCAGCAUGAGGCAGAGCUGGAGACCAGAGCUGCUUAUUGUGGGAGCUGUGGUCGUGAUAGAGGGUCUUCAAGCAGCUCAGCGUGCAUGUGGGCAGCGUGGCCCUGGCCCUCCAGAGCCCCAGGAAGGCAACACAUUACCUGGUGAAUGGCCCUGGCAGGCCAGUGUGAGGCGACAGGGUGUACACAUCUGCAGUGGCUCCUUGGUGGCAGAUACCUGGGUCCUCACAGCUGCUCACUGCUUUGAAAAGAUGGCCACAGCAGAACUGAGCUCCUGGUCCGUGGUCCUGGGUUCUCUCAAGCAGGAGGGGCAGAGCCCGGGGGCUGAGGAGGUGGGAGUUGCUGCCCUGCAGUUGCCCAAGGCCUAUAACCACUAUAGCCAGGGAUCAGAUCUGGCCCUGCUCCAGCUCACCCACCCCACCGUUCACACAACCCUCUGCUUGCCCCAAUCCACCUACCACUUCCCCUUUGGAGCUUCUUGCUGGGCCACUGGCUGGGACCAGAACACCAGUGAUGUUUCCAGGACCCUGCGGAACCUGCGCCUCCGUCUCAUCAGCCGCCCCACUUGUAACUGUCUCUACAAUCGGUUGCACCAGAGGCUGCUGGCCAACCCAGCAAGACCUGGGAUGCUCUGUGGGGGUGCACAGCCUGGGGAACAGGGACCCUGUCAGGGAGAUUCUGGGGGACCUGUGAUGUGCCGUGAGCCUGAUGGACACUGGGUCCAGGUUGGAAUCAUUAGUUUCACAUCAAAAUGUGCCCAAGAGGACACCCCUGUGCUGCUGACUGACAUGGCGGUACACAGUUCAUGGCUGCAGGCCCAUGUUCACAAGGCAGCUUUCUUGGUGCAGGCCCCAGGAGUUGUGAAGAGGAGUGACGAGAACAGCUGUGUAGCAUGUGGCUCCUUGAGGAGUGCAGGACCCCAGGCAGGAGCCCUUUCUCAGUGGCCUUGGGAUGCCAGGCUGAAGCACCACGGGAAGCUGGCUUGUGGUGGAGCUCUGGUAUCAGAGGUGGUGGUGCUGACUGCUGCUCACUGCUUUAUUGGGCGCCAAACCCUAGAGGAAUGGAGUGUAGGACUGGGGGCUGGACCAGAGGAAUGGGGCCUGAAGCAACUCAUUCUGCACGGGGCCUACACCCACCCAGAAGGCGGCUAUGAUGUGGCCUUCCUGCUGCUGGCUCAGCCUGUGACAUUGGGCCCUGGCCUAAGGCCCCUCUGCUUGCCCUAUGCUGACCACCACCUGCCUGAUGGUGAACAUGGCUGGGUUCUCGGGCUGACCCAAAAAGCAGGCAUCAACUACCCCCAGACAGUACCUGUGACAGUCCUAGGGCCGAUGGCCUGUAGCAGACAGCAUACAGCUCCUGGGGGCACAGGCAUCCCCAUCCUGCCGGGGAUGGUAUGCACCACUGUCGUGGGUGAGCUUCCUCACUGUGAGGGCCUCUCUGGGGCACCACUUGUACAUGAGGUCAGGGGCACGUGGUUCCUGGUUGGACUGCACAGCUUUGGAGACACCUGUCAAAGCUCUGCAAAGCCUGCAGUUUUUGCAGCACUCUCUGCCUACGAGGACUGGAUCAGCAAUCUAGACUGGCAGGUCUACUUCGCUGAGGAGCCAGAGCCUGAGGCUGAGACUGGAAGCUGCCUGGUCAACUCGAGCCAACCAGCCAGUUGUUGACUGCUGACUCUAGUUUACCACAGGAUGCCAGACACGCCAGACAACUCCCACAUCAACACCCAGUUCUACACUCCUGCCCCUCCCCUCCCGGCCUUGUGGUUCCCAGCCCUGAGGCAGGUCCAACAGCUGGCUGGCUGGCUGAGAAAGAGCCUGCCCAGAGAUGCUUUUCAUGUGUGCCAUGACCCCGCCCCCAAGCUCUGCUUUCCAACAGAGAUGUCUCCAGUAUUCCCUAGCCAAUCCUUCAGAUAUAACCACACCAGUAGCUGUUGUGAAAAAAAAUUUGUUUUUUUUUCCCCCUUGAGGGUGGGGGGGUUUGGGGAGCAAUUUUCCUUUUUUAAAACUUAAAUUGUUACAAAAUAGAUUUUAGAAAAUAAGUUACAAACUAUAGUAAAAGGCUCCCCUGCCACAGGCAGCUUUCACACCAGUGGUUCUCUCUGAUCUGCCUCUCCCUGGGUGAGAAUCUGGCUAUCUCUGCAUUUUGGCAGAGUCUGGCCCUGGAAAAACAUGGUGACAAAGGGUUGGGAAGGAGAUCCUUCAUCCUUCAUGGGCACAGACAUGAAGACUACCUCAUGCCCUUCUCGGGGGAAAAAGCCAGAUUAGGGUCCUCUUCGUGGGAAGAGGAGAUGGGGAUGCCCAAGCAACUCCUGAGCAAAAUGUGGAGAGCAAGCCUCUCCCUGCCUGCACCCCAUACUUCAGUGAACUGUUCUUUGGAGACCUGACGUUCAGAGGGAGAGACUGAGGUCCGCAGGCCACUGGGGUGAGGGGUUUGGAAGCGAGGCUGUAGAGGAGUCCUCUCUGCUUGCUGCUGGUGCCACUGAGGCUCCUGCGGAGAGAAGGAGAGGACACUGAGGGAGGCCUACACCACCUCUCAGCCCUGCAGGCCAUUCCUGGCAUGCCCUGAGAGCACAGAGAAGGGCAAGAGGCUGAAUGAAUAAAUGGCUAAGCAUUCAA